CUGCUUUUCUUCUUCAGUCAAAAAAAAACUCUCUGCUUUUCUUUAACCCAUUGACCCACUAAUCAUUUGAAAUUAUCUCUGAAUGGCUCAAAAAAGCAAGAUUUUGAUAAUUGGAGGGACUGGAUACAUUGGAAAAUACAUAGUGGAGGAAAGUACGAAAGCUGGGCACCCCACUUUUGCAUUGGUCAGAGAAAACACAGCUUCAAAUUCUGAAAAGUCCAAACUCAUUGAGAGCUUCAAGAGCUCUGGAGUAACACUUCUCCAUGGAGACAUCUAUCAUCAUGAGGGCUUGGUGAAGGCAAUCAAGCAAGUUGAUAUAGUGAUCUCAGCAGUUGGAUCAAAACAGAUAGCUGAUCAGGUGAAGAUUAUUGCUGCUAUCAAAGAAGCCGGAAAUAUCAAGAGGUUCAUCCCGUCCGAGUUUGGAAUUGAUGUGGAUCGAGCCCAUGCGGUCGAGCCAGCUGCACAUUUUCUUGGGGUCAAGGCCAGCGUGCGGAGAUCCAUUGAGGCUGAAGGAGUUCCAUAUACCUACCUUGUGUCUAAUGGCUUUGCUGGGUACUUUUUGCCUAACUUUGGACAUGCAGGUGCCACAGCUCCUCCUAGAGACAAAGUAGUCAUAAUUGGAGAUGGAAACCCCAAAGCAAUUUUUGUCAAGGAAGAAGAUAUUGCAAAUUAUACCAUAAAGGCAGUAGACGAUCCAAGAACCUUAAACAAGGUGCUUUAUCUUAAACCCCCUGCCAAUAUUUUGUCCUUCAACGAAAUUGUCUCCCUGUGGGAGAAGAAGAUUGGCAAGACCCUCGAGAAGACUUAUCUUUUAGGGGAUCAACUUCUGAAGAAAAUCCAAGAGUCUCCCAUUCCUUUAAACUUCUUUCUGUCCCUUAGUCACUCUGUCUUUGUGAAGGGAGGUGCUACAAGCUUUGAGAUUAAUGCUUCUUUUGGAGUGGAGGCUUCAGAGCUUUAUCCAGAGGUGAAAUACACCACUGUGGAUGAAUACUUGGACCAGUUUGUCUAAAAAAUAAAUUGGAACAUGUAAUGUGAUGAUUAUAUUCCAGUGUACAACAAAAAUAAAAUUUCUGUUGUUUAUGAGGCAUCUGUUAUUUGUUAGCUAUGCCCUUCUUUGUGUCGUGUAAAAACCUUGGAUUGUGACCUUAAUUUGUAACCUCGUUUCAUGUCAAUAUCUGUCAAAUUGUACUUCCAGUAAUGAAAAUUUAA